CGUUCUUCUGUUGAGUCUCAAGCUAGAAUGAUCAUGUAUAUUAUAUGGGCAUUGCUGUUUAUUCCUGUGUCGGCUCAGCAAUGGACUCUGUUUGAUGAGCAGGCAAAGCCUAAGCGGGAGGGCAGAGUAAGACUGGUUGGAGGUCUUUCCUCAUCUGGCCGUGUGGAGGUCUACCAUGAUGGACAGUGGGGUACAGUCUGUGAUGAUGGAUGGGAUCUGGCUGAAGGGCAGGUGGUGUGUCGUCAGCUGGGUUUUCCUGGAGCCGUAUCAGUUGCUUCUGGAGGGCAAUAUGGUGAAGGGUCUGGUCCAAUCUGGCUGGAUGAUAUGAACUGUAAAGGCUCAGAGAGCAUAUUGUCUGAAUGCUGCUUUAAAGGCUGGGGUGUCAAUGACUGCACACAUCAAGAGGACGCUGGAGUGGUUUGUGACACUGGUACAAACGCAACCAACAUCCGUCAGAUCUCUGUGGAUAACAGUCUGGGAUUGUCAGAUGAUCUCGGUUUCCUGUUUGACAGUGAAGACGGUUGUGAUUUCAUCAUUGCUGUACAAGAUCUUAGUGAAGAAGCUGAAUUGACUCUUUGUGUGCACCGUGUGAUCCUCAUGAUGUAUCCCGAGCUAAACAUAACAAAUGACACCAGAAACCUUACAGUUGAUGUCAGCCAGACUUGUCAGUCCCAUGUCUCUGCUUUGAUCAGGUAUUUGUACACCCAUCAGAUUGAUGUCUCCGCAACAUCCGCUCAGUGUCUCCAUCAGCUGGCGUUCAUCUUUGGAGUGAAGAAGCUCAUGGAGGAUGUUGGCAGGGUCUUCACUGCACUCAUUCCUGAAGACAACACCUUCCAGACGCAGGUGUCAAUGUACGAGUAUGGCGUGCGCACAGGUGACCUUGUCCUCCAGGAGAACGUUCUCCAGUAUCUUUCCUGGAACUGCGAGUUCCUCAUAAGCUCUCCAGUGUGGAGCACCGUCUCGUUUGAGAUGAUGGAUGCUCUGCUGCAGCGCUCAGACCUGAUUGUGAAGGACGAAGCUGUUCUUCUUGAAGCUCUGGAGAGAUGGAUCCAAGACAAAGGUGACCAGAUUAGUUCAGAUAAACAGGUCAGCCUCCUGAGUCACAUCCGCUUCCUCUUAAUCCCAGUGGAUAAACUCUAUGACAUGCAAUUUUCCUCAAGUGCUCUCUAUCAGAAUAACGAGAAACUGUAUCUGACUGGACUGCUCAGAGGAUUUGAGUUCAAUGCUCUACCCUUCUCUAAGAUCAGGAAUCAAAUAGAUAACGCAAGCAGUGAGUAUCUACCCAGAAUCUACACUGGAGAUGAGUGGAGUGUAUUUAUCAAUGACACAACUGUCAGUAGCCCGUAUUAUAAUUAUAAUUACUAUGGCCAAAGCAACAGAAUCCAGACCUUUUUCACUUCUGCACACCCUAGUGCUCUUUACAAAGAUCAGAAGGUCCAGUGGCAAGCCCAAGUUUUUCUUACUCUCCAGGAAUGCUCUAACUAUGGUGUUUCAUGUAAUACUUUGCCUGUUGCACGUUUUUAUGGAUAUAGCAAUCAGUACAGUUACUCCAACAUCAUUAGCUACAACAACAGGUUAAUUCUUACCUGUAAAAAUCAGAACAAUGUCUUCCAUGUGCAAGAAUUCAAAAACGACGUGGUAGUGGUUCCAACUAACAGCAGCAUGGUUCUGCCGAACCCCUGUCCAGAUGACUACAACUUCAGAUUUGUCGUGCGUCCACAGUACAUCUGACUACUGUCAACUUCAUAUAAUUUUUUUCUGGUGUUUUAAUUAAUUUUUUAUUUUUGUUUUUUCAAAUUAAAAUCAUGAUUAAUCUUCAUACCGUGCACUGUAAGAUAAUGAUCAUUUUACUAAUAUGAGAAGGGUUAAUAUGUAAUCAUUUAGAUUAUGUCAUGUAAUAAUUCAAUAUUUAGCCAUAAAUAAUGUUUGGUUGUUUAAUGAUGCACUUAAAAGUAAUAAAAAUGAUAAUAGAAAAUA